GCCAUGCGAUGGGGUGUCGUCGCAUGGGGUGGCGCCAUGGCGGCGGCGAGUUCUAUGGUGGUAACUCGUGAUGUGAUCCCCAACACGUACGCAAACCCUUGGAUCGACAUCGUCAUGGAUGGAAUUCAAAAACGAAUGCUCUUGUCGCCCAAGACACAAGGGAUUGUCCUCUUCAACGACAUGGGGGCUGCAGAACAAAAGUACCGCAACAGUCAAGUGUCCGCGACAGUCAAUGGACAACCCGUCCAGACGAUGGUGAAGAUCGUUCGACGACCCUCGCACGCACACAUACCUUGGAAAAUCGACGGGGUCAUCGGCGUCGGCAUCAAGUCGACACGCACAGAGCACCUAUGGCCAUACGUCAAUAGGUCCGACUCGAACACCAUGCAAUACACAUACAAUGGGAUGGACUAUGCCACGGGGGCAGCCAGUCUCGAAUUCGGCGCUUCACCUGACACGGUCGUUUGGUCGGAGCCCAUGAAUGCAGCAGACGAUUACUUUUACCAACGUUUUACCAGCUUUCCGAUAUUUCACCUGUCUGUGUGCGGUACUUCGCUGACCCAAGCCACUUCGACAUACUGGAAUGCCAUCGUCGACUUCCACAGACCAUGCCUAACGCUGCCCAAGGAAUUUUACUCCACGUUACUCGCGUGGGCUCCUUUGAAGUACAACGCAACCGCCAACAUCACGGUCGUUCAUUCCGGCAUUUCCGUCGAGGAUUUGCCAUCUCUGCGUUUCCAACUGUCGCAUUUUUCACCAGUGCUGUCGCUUCCACUGAGCACGCUUGCCUUGCCGACGGACAAUUCCUCCUCCACCCUGCUUUGCAUCCAGCCAGGGUAUUCCGUCAAGCGCAUCCUGGGCGGCCACCUCACGUACACAGAUGUGGACGAAGAUGUGGACGCAUUUGCGCAAAGCCUCAUUGACACCGACAACUUGAAAGUGCCCAACAUGUAUCGGUCUCCGAUAGUUCUUGGCACGAUGGCGCUGCAGUCGCUUGGACUGAUCGUCCAUGCGAAAGACACUCGCAUUGGAUUUCGCCCUUCGUCGGCAUCCACCAAGCUAGAUUCGGAACACGAUCGUCGCGGCACUUGCAAAGCUGCAGUCACGUGCACUGGCGACCAAACCUAUCGCGCUGACUUGAACAAGUGUCAAGAUCCAAACUGCGAUCGCUACUUGAACCGGCGGUUCGACCCAGCGACGAAAACAUGCGUCGUGACCGCGUCGUGGGUGCACUGCAUCGUCCUCGUUGUCGGCGCCAUUGUGUCGUUUGAAGUAUAUUUCGAAGUGAUGCGGCAGCGCUUGAGUCGCCAAGUGUUGGCAGGCCAGGCCCACAACGACUAACGAGCGCACAUGGGGGUGCAGUCGUCUUCUUUAUCUGUGGUUUAAGCUAAAUCCUGGUCGGCCGAUCGGAAUCGACUUGGACGUGGUUGUUUUCA